AAAACAUUGGAAAAGAGAUUGAACAGACGUAUGUUUACAAGUCAGCUGGUUUCCGCUUCAGAUUAUCUUUCAAAGUACAGCGCAGACUUGUGUUGUUUCAUAUGUGAAUCAGGAAAAAUAGAUUGAAACUGAUAAGAACAACUGAUCAAAUUUCUGAAAUUGUUUUUAAUAUUAAGUACGCGAACUCUGCAGCAUUUCAAGAUUGAAGACAUGGGAAGUAUUAGUUCCAUUUUUGUAUUUGUGCUUUUGUGGAUAAAUUCAAGCUCGGGACAAAAUUACACCAUAACUUCAGUACUGGAGGAUCCUUAUUUGAUAGAUAAUGGUGAUGGAACAUUUUCUGGUUUCAUGAUAGAUCUUUUAGAUGCUCUAUCAAAAGGAGGUGGAUUUUCCUAUGAAAUAGGUUUAAAUCCUGAUGACAAGUAUGGGUCACAAGAUGGCUCAGGUAACUGGGAUGGCAUGAUAGGUGAAGUACUUCAAGAUCCGGAUAUUCAAAUUGCUGCAGCGCCAAUAUUAAUAACAGACGAAAGAAAAUCAGCAGUUCCGUUCACGAGACCGUUUCUUAAUGUUGGUCACCGUAUAGUAAUCAAGAAACCAGUGGUGAAAUUUCAAACCUUGAGUGUUUUAUUCGAGCCCUUUAGUUUACAGCUAUGGAUUAUGGUUAUCGUCAUAUGUUUCAUUGUUUCUGCACUCUUGUUUAUCGUUAACAAGUUUAGUCCUUCAGAGUGGAGUAGGAUCCGCCCGGAAGACGACCCGACAAACGCCAAAGAUAGUUUUUCAGCUAACAACGCAUUUUUCUUUGUCCACAGCACACUAACAUGGCAAGGAUACAAAGAAGUACCACGGUCUCCGGCAGGUAGAAUUUUAGUAACAAUGUGGUUUAGCUUUAUAUUUUUCAUGGUCAUUGCCUACAUCGCCAAUCUCACGGCAUUCUUUUUAGCCAGAGAAACAGAAAAGCCAGUCGUUCCUUUCAAAACCUGGCAGGAAAUGACAACACAGUCAAAUGUUUUAUAUGGCGUCAAACCAUAUGGUGUUAUGCAUAGAAGUAUGAAAGUUUCGAAAGAUCCCAUUCUGCAACAUGCUAUUCAAACUAUUGAAACAUAUUCUACGACAUUUAGUUCUUCUGAGGAUGGAAUAAAGAGAGUCAGGGAAUCAGAUGGAUCAUUCGCAGCCAUUGUUCCUGUAGAUGAGGGUUCAAAAUAUAUCAACAAUGAACCAUGUGACCUUAUGUUUGUUGGAGCAAAUAUUGUGAAUACACCAUAUGGAAUGGCUUGUAAAUCAGUUGACAUAUGUAACAGACUUACUGUCGCGUUGAUAGAAGAAGCAGAACUUGGAGGUUUAUAUUUGCUGGAGCAGAAAUGGCUUUCUCCAAAGUCAAAUUACAAGUGUCCAGCUGCCAGUUUAGAGAACUAUAUUAGUAAACAAGAAACAGCACGUCUUUCAGCACGACCAUUGACUAUUGCUGAUGCAUCUCUGGCUUUUGUUGUUCUUCUCAUCGGUAUAGUCUUCUGUAUCAUCUUUCUCGUCAUCGAAGUUAUUAUACACAGACGACGUAAAAUGAAAUCAACAAGAAUCAGUAAACAAGGUCAAACAAACAAGAGUGCUGAUGUUGAACAGGCAACAGACGAACAAGAAAAGGCGCCAAUUGCUACUAACGAGGCUACAAACAAUAUAGACUGAACUAAAAUAUACCUAAUUAUAAAACGUUUGUCAAUAUUGAGAAUAUUUCACGGGCACAAAGUUCGGCGCUACUAAAAUAUUUUUCCACAACUUCAAAAUGUAAAGUCAAAUAUGAUUACUAAAAUGACGUGACGAUUAUUUAUUUUAUUUUAAAAUUGAAAAGCGGAUUACAUUUAAAAAAGAAUAACGGGGUGUACAUUGAAUUAUAAAAAAAAUACUCGAUUUAUAUAAUUAUUUGAUUUGUUGGCUACAAAGCCUAAAAUAAAGUAGAAUGUUUUAUAAAA